CAUAGCAACCGCGUUCCUGAAGCUUUCGCUGCUGCUCUCGGUCUCUGAAAAGUGAGAUAAGAUUUUUUUGCCGGUGGUCUUUCUCGCAGCACCUUUUGUACGCGAGAAAGGCUGACUUUGGAGUGUGGUGUGUAAGCUUGAAAGUUGUGUUUUGGGUCUGUGAGUGUGAGUGUCAGCCAGCAACAGAUACACUCAAGCAAUCACGGCGGGGGUCUUCGUCGGCUCCUUCAACGUGUCACGGAAAAACACGGGAGCUCGUCUGCUUCACUAAAACUGCUACAGAAGUUUCGUAGUCUUUGUUUUGACGCGCGUCGGCAGCACACACUUCCGACGGCUCGUAACAAUGCAAGUUCAAGGUUCGCGUCCACAUGCUCCGGCGAGCUGCAGAACCCCUGAUUGGAGGCGCAAAGAGAGAUGACACACCAACAUGGCUGCACAACCGGCUUCAAAAACUUGACGUCAGGGCCUCUCUUGUUUUGUUUCUUACCUCCAUGGCUGGAACUGAAUCGUUACGGCAACCCCGGCCCUGGUUCAACGCGACAUUGUACACCGGUGAACGACCGCGUCAAGGAGGUAAUAAUGCAGUCCAUCACCCACUGGGAGGAGAGAACCUGCCUCGUGUUCAUGCGGAGGUCCCAGGUCAACCUCUGGUACAUCAACUUCCGCACCGACAAUGACGGGUGCUGGUCUUUGGUCGGCAUGGAGCCCCUCGGUCCUCAGGACCUCAACAUCGGGCCCGGAUGCGAACACACGUCAGUGGUGAUCCACGAGAUCGGACACGCGAUAGGCUUCUACCACGAACAGAUGCGCAUGGACCGGGACGGCAGCAUCCUCAUCCUGUGGGAAAACGUGCCGCGGGACAGAGCGUCCCAGUUCGCCCAGACAUUGGAGAAUAGCCGCGGGGUGCCGUACGACGUCACCUCCGUCAUGCAGUACUCGCAAGGGGCGUUCAGCGCGCAGCGGUUCGAGAAGAACACGAUCGUGACGCGGGACCCGCACCUGCAGCUAAGGCUCGGAGGAGACGGCGUGCUCAGCUUCCGGGACCUCAAGCUGGCCAACCUCAUGUACAACUGUCCGGAUCUGUGUCCCAACCGACGCAGCACGCAGUGCCAGAACGACGGCUUCCUCUUCCAGCCCAGCGGCGCGGCCGACGAGGAACCCUGCAGCUGCGUCUGCCCGCCCAACACGGCGGGAGAGCACUGCGAGGAGCUGCGGGGCACUUACUACGGAGAUCCCGUAUGCGGAGGCAACGUGACCACAGCCGGCGAGGUCAUCGAGACACCGGGUUUUCCAAACAGGGACGUCGACUACAAAGGUUGCACCUGGUGGAUACAGGCACCCGUAGGCCAGGUACCGCGGCUGACAUUCGAGGAAUUCAGCAUCGAGCCGCGGCUGGACCUGCCUGAAGAGCACCCGGGCAGCAGAUACAACGGACAGUGCGCCCGCGAGCGCCUGGAGGUUCGCACGCGGGACCGUUACCACGGAAAGAUGUACUGUGGCAACGAGAUCAAGCCCAACGAGACGCUGACGGCGCAGACAUCUGAAAUGGUGCUCAUCCUGGGAGCCAAGAGGACUAACACGGGAAAGGGAUUCAGGGCGCAUGUUGACUUCAUCGACAAGGCUUCCGGUCUGGGCGAGAUCGCGAACGCUAUCGCCAACGUCAUCGGCACGGCGCAGGACUUCGUCGAGGCGCAGAUGAGCGGAAGAUGACAGAUGCAGGGACAACCCGCACAUUCGCUCUUGGCGCGAUAUGUACAAUGCUCGCUCGGGAACAAUGAACGGGCUCAGAGAGUCAGUGUCUAUUUUGGAUACCUAUUAGUUUACACGAUCACCGAUGACAUUUGGUAAAACGAAUUUGAUUUCGCCACAAUAAAAGCGGAUAAUUCUAA